CUCAGCAUGUGACACAACAAGGAAGUUGACAUGCCGGACCUUGAUAAAAGCAAAGUGCUACAUUUCUUUACAGGUAGCACCUUUCUUAAAAACAGUAGGUUUCAUGUAAUAAACCCCGUUAGUCCGUUUGGGGAGACUUUUUUUUUGUUUUGGUUUUUUUUUUACGGUGACGUGUAAAAUAGCAACAACGCGUCCAGUGUGUCCUGUGUCCCACUUAUUUAUGUCGUAACCAUGUUUCCUUGUGUUGUGAUUUGCACUAUAACCUUACUGUUUCCACUCGGACGUGCGUCGUUACCUCUCGUUAUCAAUACGUGGCCUUUCAAGGAUGCAACAGCAGCAGCUUGGGACGCCCUGCAGUCUGGCGGGUCGGUGUUGGAUGCAGUGGAGAAAGGCUGUGCCCGCUGUGAAACGGAGCAGUGUGAUGGCAGCGUGGGUUAUGGAGGCAGCCCCGAUGAGACCGGAGAGACCACGCUGGACGCCAUGAUCAUGAACGGGGAUCGAUGGAGGUUGGAGCUGUUGGAGACCUGA